AUGGCAUUGUUUGUUAGCAUGCAAAUGUUACUUGCUGCUUCCGCUUUACUUCUCACCUCAUUCACUUUCGCCACAUCAAGGACUACCACAACAUCAUCCAAAGCAGAAAUAAAAUGCGAUACUUGCAUUCCCGUUCCCUAUCCAUCGCCACCGCCGCCGCCGCCAGUGGUAAUUGAGUGCCCACCACCACCAAAGCCGUCGCCACCGCCACCAAAACCGACGCCAUCACCACCAGCAUGCCCUUCAUGUGCUACACCUUGCUCUGUAUGCCGUCCACCGCCAUGUGAUGCAUGUCAGACUCCAACUACGCCAUUAACACCAGUGCAGCCUGGAGUAAUUGGAGGAGGGCUUUAUUCGCCACCCAACCAAGUGGUUCCUUACUUCCCCUAUAGCUUUCAGUACCCUCCGCUUUCUGAGUCGGCAGCUAGCACCGUUCACAUGGGAUUGAAGCUUUUAGUUUCCGUCAUACUUUUAAUCCUUUUGGCUACUCUCUGCUAA